AUGUUGUUCGGAAAUAAAUUGGAUAGCGAGAUCUAUCCACCAUGGAAGCAGUAUUAUAUGAACUAUACCCAUCUCAAGAAGCUUUUGAAGGAGGGUGUAAUCUUAAAAAACAAUUGGACUGAUACAGAUGAACAAAAUUUUGUCAGUGCAUUAGAUGCUGAUUUGGAGAAGGUAUACACUUUUCAAGCUAACAAGUACGAAGAAUUGAGUGAAAUCUUAGACAAAUUGCAGGCAGAAACUGAAAAUCCAACUCAAGAGUUUGAGGUGGAUAAGUUCAGCAACAAAUUGGAAGAAGCGUUAACUGAGGCACAGGAAUUGGAUCAUUUCCAGAGAUUGAACUACACUGGAUUCAUUAAAGUGGUGAAAAAGCAUGAUAGAAUUCAUCCUGAGUUUUCGGUCAAGCCUUUGUUAAAUGUUCGUUUGAAGAACUUGCCGUUCCAUAGUGAAGACUAUUCACCAUUGUUGUACAAGGUUUCGGCAUUAUUCCAAUUUUUAAGAGAUAAUUACAAUGUUAAUGAGACAUUGACCAAAUUAUCGUCUUUUACAGAUGACAAUCAGCAAGAGUUCCAAUCGUUCAAGUUCUGGGUGCAUCCAGAUAACCUAAUGGAAGUCAAAACCACAAUUUUGCGUCAUUUACCUGUUUUAGUUUAUGGCAACACGGCAGCUAGUGUAGAUGACUUGUUAAUGGGCGAAGACGAUGAUGACGAGGAUGGAAAUAACGAUCCUACAAUUAACUGUUUAUACUUUGAUAAUCCAAAUUUUGAUUUGUAUAACAAUAAAUUGGUUAAGAAUAACAACUCAAGUUCUUUGAGAUUCAAAUGGGUCGGUAAAUUGUCUGAAAAGCCUAAAAUCAGUAUUGAAAAGAAAGUUUUUGAUCCAUCUUCUCAAGAUUAUAAUGUCAAUGAAAAAUUAACCUUAAAGGAAAAAUAUCUUGAUUCUUUAAUGUCUGGUAACUUUUCUGCUGAUAAAUUGGUAAAGAAAAUGAUCAAAAAAGGAGAAGAAUCGGAAGAAAUUACUAAGUUUGCUGACGACAUCUCCAAAUUAUCAUCUUUCAUAAAGGAAAAUAACUUGCAACCUUGUCUCAGAACUGUGUACAAGAGAACUGCAUUCCAAAUCCCAGGAGAAGAUAGAAUUCGUAUAGUUAUCGAUUCAGAUUUAAUGUUUAUUAGGGAGGAUUCUUUUGACCAAGAAAGACCAAUCAGAGAUCCUUCCAAAUGGCAUAGAACUGACAUUGACUCUAACUUCCAUAACCCAUAUUCAUUGUUGCGUAAAGGUGAAUUUUCAAAGUUUCCUUACUCAGUUAUGGAAAUUAAGGUUAAGGCCGCCAAGAACCGUAAGAGAUUAGUUUGGAUCGAUGAUUUAGUUAACUCUCAUUUAGUUAAAGAAAUUCCAAACUUUUCAAAGUUUAUUCAAGGUACUGCAUCAUUGUUCUUAGAAGAUGACAAGCUUGCAAAUAUUCCUUUGUGGUACAAUGAGUUGGAAAAUGAUAUAAAAGUGGACCCUGAAGAAGCGUAUAUUGAUGCUAGAAGAAAAUCGUUAAAGCAACAAACUGACGAAGAAAACUUGUCUAAAUUCAAGACAAUGUUAUCUAAUUCAAGUGGCCCAUAUUCCCCUAGAUCAAAAUCGUUUUCGGGAUCAGUCAUCAAUGCUAAUAUCGAACCAUUAUCACCAUCUCGUCAAUCUAAGUCUCAAUUAGAAACACAAGUAGAAGAGCAACAAAAUGAUGAUGAUUUUGGUCAAUCAUCUGAUGAUUACGAAGAAGAGCCAUCUAGUGCUCUCUCAAAGCUUAAAUUACCCAGUGCUCUUAAUGUUGCCAAGUUAAUCGAUGUUGACUCAGAAGAUGAAGAAAUUGAAUUACCGGUCGGUGUUACUAAACCCGAGUCAUACAUUAAAAAUGCUGGUCCAUUAAAGAUUGAACCAAAAGUCUGGUUAGCUAAUGAGCGUACAUUCAAUAGAUGGUUGCAUAUGACUACUUUGUUAUCAUCAUUAACUUUCAUCAUUUAUUCAUCUGCAAACAAAUCUAAUUCGUUCCAAUUAUCUGAACUUUUAGCAUACAUUUAUUUCGCAUUAACCUUGUUUUCAGGUGCCUGGGGUUACUACAUUUUCAUGCGCAGGCAUGAUAUUAUUAUCCAAAGAUCAGGCAAGCACUUAGAUAACGUAAUUGGUCCAUUGGUUGUUGGUCUAGGAUUAACUGUUGGUUUAAUAGUUAAUUUUGUUCUUGGUUUCAAAAGAAUUGCUUCCCAGGAAGAAUUUAAUGAUUUCCAACUCGCCGGUGUCAAUGAAACAUUUUAUGAAAACAAUCCUAUUCACAGGUUUAUUCAUGAAUUUGUUUUUAAAUUUGUUGGUGCUUAG